AUGUUCGCUAGCAAGGCUGCGUCGGCCAUCCCUCCAGUUUAUCAGCGUCCCGCCAAUCGCAAGACCCAUGAGGUACCACUGACGACCCACGAUACCAACCCACUCAAGCUACGAUACCCGCAUCGACUGAAUUUUUAUAACAAACCUCCGGACUCCGAAGUGACGAUAGAAGAAUUCGAAACUUGGGCGAUCGACCGAUUGAAAGUUCUUGCGGAAAUCGAGAACUCGGCUUCCCGGAACAAAAGCUUUGAUGAACUCAAAACGACGUUAAACUUGAAAUGCAAAGAAUUUCUACCGUUGAAUGCCCACACAGCGAACCACGCCAAUCAUGAUCAAGAACGGGAAAAGGAUCACUACUCUCAUUUCAUACUCCGGUUGGCUUUUUGUAGAUCAGAGGAGUUAAGAAACCGUUUUGUAAAUGCAGAGACGCAGUUAUUCCGGUACAGGCUAGAAACCGAUGAUACUGCGGAACGAGCUGCAUUUGUUGCAUGUUUGAAUCUAGAUUGGAAAGAAGCGACUCCAGACGAAAUGAUUGAAGCCAGAAGAGCAUUUACCAAGGGUAAAAACCAUUUUGGGGAAGAAGGUAGCUACUACAAGGUACAUUGGACUAAAGUGCCGGAUUUGGUCGCAGCUCGUCGGGUUUACCUCUCUGGUGGAUACGCGUUUGUCGCAAGCAAGGACCAGUCUUCAAUCAUCCUGCAGGAAUUUUCAUCCAAACUUCUUCAGGCGUUGGAGAUCACGUCCAAACAUCUACCAUACAUGGACGAAGAUUCUCGUCUGUUGCCCGUCUUGGAGCACUUGUCAAUCAGCUUCUUAGCUGGAAUCUCUGGCUCGGACUUUGUUUCUGCAAGUCUCAACCCCGACGGCGGUGAAGUUACUGCCGCAAUGAUUGAUGAUCUGGCAAAGCAGCACUUCCCCCCUUGCAUGAAAAACCUGUGGAUCCUUUUACGGAAGGAUAAACACCUGAAAUAUGGGGGUCGCCAGCAACUUAAUCUAUUUCUCAAAGGAAUUGGAUUGCCAAUUGAAGAAGCUAUCGUCUUUUGGAGGCAGGCAUUCUGUAACAUAAGCGAUGAUAAAUUCCGAAAAGAUUACAGAUAUGCUGUUCGACACAAUUACGGGCUUGAAGGCAGUCGAACCAAUUACCAACCUAAAUCAUGUGUGACGAUCAUAACCGGAUCAGUCGGACCCCUCGAAUCACACGGCUGUCCAUUCAAGCACUUUAGCCAGGUCAAUUUGACUCAACAUCUCAAUCAGAUUUACCAGAUUGACCUCAAAUCGGACCUCAUGAAAGAUAUCAUCGAGUUCAAAAAGAACGAGCACUAUCAUCUGGCUUGUACGGCUGUUUGGGAACACCAACAUAAAGCCUUGGGUGUUAAAAAGGGUGACGGUUUGGGUCAAGGGGAGUCAGUCUCACAUCCGAACAGAUAA